GGAAGUAAAAUGUGCAAAGGGAGCCGCGCAUUAUUACCAGCAAGCGGGCAAGCUCCGAGAAACAAAAUAUGUCCAAGCCACAGGUGAAGCGCGAAGACCGGGUGCUCAGCCCUCCGCAGACUGCCUGUCAGUGCUCUCCUCCUGCGGCCAAUGGGCCUCAGCGGCGGUGGCGUCUGUGCGCCAGCUGCGGUGCAGACAUCCACGACCGAUACCUGCUCGAGGUGAAUGAACACCACUGGCAUUUGGGCUGCCUCGAGUGCUCCGUCUGCAGGACUUCUCUUCGGCAGCAGAGCAGCUGCUACGUCAAGAACAAACAAGUCUACUGCAAGUCAGACUACUUUAGCAGGUUCGGCAGUCAGUGCGCGCAGUGCGGGCGUCAGGUGCACGCCAGCGACUGGGUGCGGAGGGCGCGGGGCAGCGUUUACCACCUGGCCUGCUUCGCCUGCUUCUCUUGCAAACGCCAGCUCUCCACGGGAGAGGAGUUUGGCCUGCUGGAAGGCAGGGUGCUGUGCCGCCUGCACUACGACGCCGUCGUCGACAACCUGCGCAGGGCUGCCAGAAAUGGAACCGGCCUGACCCUGGAGGGGGCGCUACCCUGUGACCGCGACAGCCAACCCAAGCCCAUCAAGAGAGCGCGCACGUCAUUCACGGCGGAGCAGCUGCAGGUGAUGCAAAACCAGUUCGCCCGAGACAACAACCCUGAUGCCGUAACUCUGCAGAAAUUGGCGGAAAUGACAGGACUGAGUCGGCGGGUCAUACAGGUUUGGUUCCAAAACUGCCGCGCUCGCCACAAAAGGCAGCUUCCAAUUGCUCCACCCCCUAACGGUGGAUUUCCCCAUCAAAGCUCCUCUUCCUUCUCUUCCACUUUCCUGCAUAAUGACCACAGACAGCUGUCUUCCUUCACCAGCCCGGGCAGACAUCUAUACCUGGAAAGUCAUCCUUUCUCAGCAGUUGCAGGCCAUCCAGAGUUCCCUCUACCGCAAAUGCCCAUCAGCCGCUGACAUCCUGCUUCUGCUGUUCUAUCAUAACAUACAGUAUACACUAACGAUUCACUUCAAUGGCGUACUGCAACCAACACUUCACUUUUGCUAAUUAAUAUUCAUGACGUUAGCAAUUGCUGCUAGGCGGGUCAACCUCCCGUUUGUCCCAGUAGUAAAUGCAUGGAAACAGUGUACGUACGAGAUGUUUACUGAGCUAAACCUACCAAUUCCGAAAAUGAUGUCCCUGGUGCCAAAAUCACUGGUAAAGUUGUGGAUGAACACACAAAUGUUCAGUUACUGAGAUGGGUGCCGAGGGCUGAAAAGACUGGGAAAAGAGCCGACCUGAUCCAGAGGUAGCUUUUUUUAUCGACACCUUUUUCUUGUGUGCAUUGCCUUACGCCACUGACAGGGGCGGACUGGGACUAAAAAGCAGCCCUGGAGUUUGACUCAGCCCAGCCCACAAGAAUCGCUGUAAACAGACCCUCUAGGGGGGUCCGGGGGCACCCCCCCCCCGGGAGAAUUAAAAAAAAUAUUUUAUUGUAAAAUGCAUCAAUUUUGUUCACUUUGAGAGAAAAAUGAGGAAAAUGUGUCUAGACCAGACAUGUCCAAAGUCAGGCCCGGGGGCCAGAUGUGGCCCAUGGACAAAUUUCAUCCGGCCCCCAGCCUUUGUCAUAAAAUCAAUAACGUCUGGCCCACACACAGACUUAAUAAAUUGGUCAGAAUUACUGCAAUCAGCAUAUGAAGUAGCUUACACACUAAAUGCUGCUCCUCAUUUACCCACUAAAAGGCUGCGGCCGUUCUGUGAUCCUCCAGAAGCUACAGAUUACCAGUCCGCCCCUGGCCACUGAUA